AUGGCUUGCUGUGUUCCCUGUUGCUGCAGCGUCCCCACCGGCCCUGCCACCACCAUCUGCUCCUCUGACAGAUGCUGCCGAUGCUGCCGGUGCGGAGUCUGCCUGCCCAGCACCUGCCCACACACGGUUUGGCUACUGGAGCCAACCUGCUGUGACAACUGUCCCCCACCCUGCCACAUCCCUCAGCCCUGCGUGCCCACCUGCUUCCUGCUCAACUCCUGCCAGCCAACCCCGGGCCUGGAGAACAUCAACCUCACAACCUACACUCAGCCCUGCUGUGAUCCCUGUGUCCCAAGCUGCUGCUGA